GUUUGUAAGGUGGAGGAGGACGGGGUUUUCAGUGACCAGCACCUGGAUAACCUGGAGAGGAGCUGCAGCCCGGACCAGGAGGAACCAGGGCAUCCACAGACUACAGAACUGGAGGAAGACUCCAGUCGUCAUGAUAUGAAGCACGAGGACGUAGAGAUGGAUAUCUCAUUUGUCAAUGUUGCUGUUGUGAAAGUUGAAAAUGGUGAACCAGGACCAAACUGUGGCCAGCUGCUGUUGCACACUUCUACUGAAGCUCAAAACAAAGAUGAGGAAGGGACUGAAAGUUUACGCUCAGACUCCAGUAAAACUGCAGAUCCGGAGCCAAUGAGACGACACGGUGACCACGAAGAUGCUGCUGUCCCGUCAGACAGCAACUGUAAAUCAAAGCUGACCAGGACCCACACGGGGAAGAAGGUAUUUUCUUGCAGCACUUGCAGGAAAGAGUUCAGUAAAAGUUGUAAUUUAAUGGAUCACAUGAAGAUCCACACUGGCGAAAGGCCGUACCUGUGCAACAUUUGCAGCAAAACCUUUACUAAAUCAUCACAUCUUAAAAGCCACAUAAUCACGCACACGGGUGAGAAGCCCUACAUCUGCAAAACAUGUGGAAAAAGUUACAGGCAACGUUCCCACCUGGUGGAUCACUCGAGGACCCACACCGGCGAAAAGCCAUACCUGUGCAACACUUGCAGCAAAACCUUUACUAAAUCAUCACAUCUUAAAAGCCACAUAUACACGCACACGGGCGAGAAGCCCUACAUCUGCAAAACAUGUGGAAAAAGUUACACAGAACGUUCAACCCUGGUGAUUCACUCGAGGAUCCACACGGGCGAAAGGCCGUACCUGUGCAACACCUGCAGCAAAACCUUUACUCAAUUAUCAACUCUUAAACAGCACAUAACCACGCACAUGGACGAGAAGCCGUAUUUGUGCAAGAAGUGCAAAAAAGGUUUUAGCCGCAGAAUUGAUUUGCUGAGUCACAUGAAAAUUCACCCGGAGGAGAAGUCUGGUGACUCGUGACAAAUGAAGCUCAUGUGGGAGUGAGGGGGGCAGGGUAACGGCCCCUUUUGGGCGGGGGAGAAGGUUCGUCCCUCAAGACUCCUCUCCCUGGCCCUCCCCCUUUUCAACCUUUCCCCGACCCUGCACCCCAACCUGGGACUUGAUGAUUGGGCCGGAGCUUCGGGAGCUGCGUGCUGGCCUGCGGUCCCCACCCCUGGUCAUCCCGUUGCUGCUUCCACCUGCCUGCUG